UUUCAAGCCCGAUUAAACCUCCACCGAACUCCGGCUAUGGCGGCUGCCGUGUCUCUUAGUACCACCUCAGGCACAGAUGAAGGCGCAGACAGCGGGCCCACAUUUGUCUCUCGACCAUUUAGCUCAAAUCACGACCUCGCUACGGAUAAAGAAAACUUUAUGUCCGGUGACCGUCACCGUCACCCCGAAUUCGCUUCGGUGGAAGAAGACGCCACAUCGGGCCCAGAAUGUCAACGAAGGGUCGAUGAGGAUUUGGUACCACUGAGCCCUGAAGAUAUUGAGAGCCGCUUGGAGAGAACACGUCGGGAGUUUUACAACCGUAGGAAAAUAAUUAUAAAAAAUUUACCACCGGAUGUUACUAAUCAGGAGGUCCAUGAGCUGUUGGGAAACUAUGAUUUAAAGUACUGCUUUGUUGACAAAUACAAGGGCACAGCAUUUGUGACGCUCCUCAACGGUGAACAGGCCCAGUGCGCCAUCAAGGAGUUCCACCAGAUUAUGCUACGGGAAAGGGAGAUCUCCGUCCAGCUGCAGCCAACCGACACCCUGCUGUGCAUCGCCAACCUGCCCCGGGCCUUCACCCAGCAGCAGUUUGAGGAGCUGGUGCGACCUUUCGGCAACCUGGAGCGCUGCUUCCUGGUGUACAGCGCCUCUACUGGUCACUCGAAGGGCUACGGCUUUGUGGAGUACAUGAAGAAGGACUCGGCGGCCCGAGCGAAGUCGGAGCUGCUGGGGAAGCAGCUGGGCUCCCGCAUGCUCUACGUCCACUGGACCGAAGUGGGCUCGCUCACAUACCCGCAGCUGCACUCCAAGUGUCUUUGUGUGGACCGGCUGCCCCCAAACCUCCUGACUGCCCAGGAUCUCCGAAACGCUUUGGCCGACACCCAUUCUCCUGUUUUCUGCCAGUUGGCUCAGGGGCAAGAUGGGAGUUUCCGGCGUUUCGCCGUGCUGGAGUUCGCCACUGCGGAGAUGACUGAGGAGGCGCAGCGACUCGGAGAUGGCCGGCUGCUGGGCGGGACGCACAUCAGGGUGUCCUUCUGUGCCCCCGGCCCUCCUGGAAGAAGCAUGCUGGCUGCACUGAUCGCUGCCCAGACAAUGGCUGUGAACAGGGGUAAAGGUCUCCUCCCUGACCCCACAGCCAUGCAGCUCUUCACUGGUCUUAAUAACCCUGCUACUCUCAAGAUGCUGCUCAACACUUUGUCACAGGGACACAAACAGGGUCUCCUCGGAGCGGCCCCUGCCAUCCCACUGCUGCCCAACCCCGCCCUGUCGGCGGCCCUGCUGCAGCUGCUCCUUCAGAACCAGGCUAAGGCCCAGCAGCAAGCCUUUCUGGGAAAUCAUCUUCUCUGGGCUCAGGCAGGACUCAUCGGGGACAAUCCUCUGGCUGCUCUGCCCGUCCAGCAGGGAGUCCAUCUGCUUGGAGAGCUCCCUCAAGGCGGCAUGGUCCCAGGUCUGGCUCUGCAGACGGAGGCUGUGCCCUCUCUGAAGCCAGGGUCUCUUGGCAGAGGCCUAAUGAGGGAGCAGGAUUCCCCCACAUCAGCGUGCAGCUUCCCUCAGACUCCCUCUUGCUCCCUGCCAGGCAUUUCCUUACCCCUGAUGGGUGGCAUGAUGGGGGCAGAUGGUCUCACAGCACAAGGAGUAUCGAUGCUAGGGGAUCUUCCUAAAGAGAUGAACCUUCCUCAGAGCGCCUUUCUCAAUGCCAAUGUUUAUCCUUCAGCAGCGAGCAGCAGGCCUCACCCCUACAGGAAGCGGCCAACACUAAACAACGUGUCUAACCAGCACACGCAUCACAACAUGCAGCCCAACUACAACCUGCGUUACCAGGACUCGUACAGCCCUGAGUAUCCUCCUCCUCUACAGCAGGAUACCCUGGCCUACUUGUACGAACAGCAGGAGAACCUCGACGUUGGAGCCUUGGCAGGAUUUGGUCAGCAGUUUUCCCAUCAACCCAACUACAGUGAGCACUUUUCCCACUACGCUUGUCCAAGCAGCCCACCCCUCUCCUCGUACUUCAGCUCGGGACCAGAAGCCAGCAGCAAUGGCAGCCUGCCUGCCACCCACCUCAACAAGGCUGUGGGAAUGCCUCCAGUAACCCACAGCGCCCCCUACUCUCCAGGCCUAGGGAAUGUUAUGAAGACCCCAAUGAGCAGCCAGAAGCGCGUAUUUUCCCGCUUGAUCCCAUCGCCGGAGCCGAGCCCAGAGGGAGGCUAUGUGGGCCAGCAUUCCCAAGGCCUUGGCGGCCAUUACGCGGACUCCUACCUGAAGCGAAAGCGUAUUUUCUGAGUAUUGUAUGUUGAGCUAUUUUUGCAUUUGGAACAAAGCGGGAUCUCCUUGUAAAGGAUGCAAAGCCCCCUCACUCCGGGUUGUCCUCGGAUCUGUUUGCUCCUCAGAGUGACCCCCGGAGGGCGCUGGCGAGCGCAGCUUGUUGUCUGGACAGUGGGAAC